GACCACAACAGUGACUGUCCAUCACAUCCAAGACAUUGACAGACAUAUAAAUGAGACACUGAGUGACCAUAUAUUUGGCCAUCGAUUGAAUGCAUUCAAUGUAUUCAUUUGGAUGAUAACAUCGACACAAUAGUUGCUAUCAAUUGAUCGCUCAAAUCAUAUGAUUUSAUUGUAAACAUUGACUUAACAUUACUUAAACAAAAUAUCAGUUGGUGUUUGCGGUGAUASUGACAAACAUGACUUCCGCGUCGUAUCAAAGUUUUGCAGAGAUUGGCGACGACACGAGUCAUGUGAUGAUACACGUGUUGCCCAGCGAUGGUCUCGGAGGUCACUCGUGGCAACAUUACAUCCAUGAUUUGGACGACUUCUUCAAUAAGAUAUAUAAAUACCACCAGAAAUCUGGUUUUGUGUGUAUUGUCUUAAGCAAUAUCUUAGAACUGAUUCAAAUACUAUUUGUUAUAUUUUUUACGAUAUUUUUAUUUCAUUUCAUUGAUUACGAUAUCUUGUUUAAGAAAAAGAUUAUUAACGUUUCCCCUAAAGUGACAAUCAGUGAUGUACUCAUACCCUAUAGUAGAGUCACAUUUAAUGUCUUCGAAGUGUAUCUAAUAGUGAUUGCAAUAUUCUUCUGGUUUUUUAAACUCUUUAAAACCAUUCACACAAUAGUUGUGAAUCACGCCAUCAAAGCCUUCUAUAAUGAAGCUCUUCAUAUAACUGACGUGACUUUGUUCACGUGGCAGGACAUCCAAAAUCGUCUAAUACAAGCACAACACGUAUGUCUCCUACAAGAUGGACAACUUAACGAAUUAGUGAUUCAUAACCGAUUACUUCGUCACCACAACUUCAUGAUUGCACUAAUUAAUAAAGGAUUGCUUCCAAUCCAUUAUAAGGUUCCCUUUAUUGGAGAAGUCAUUUAUUUAACCAAAGGAUUGCAAUUCAAUUUCCAACUUUUACUCUUUAAGACUUCAUUUUCAUUGUUUGAGAAUAAUUGGAAACUUAAGGACGAAGUGAAGACUGCAUCCAAUCGAGUGAUUUGUGCGCAAAGAUUUGCCAAAUACUGUCUUAUAUUGGCUUUAAUUAACUUUAUAUUGUUUCCAUUGAUAAGUUUAUGGCAGUUAUUAUACAUAAUAUAUACUUACGCUGAAGCCAUCAAACGAGAUCCAUCAAUGGCUUUGGGUUCAAGAAGUUGGUCACUAUAUGCCAAAUGGUAUUGCAGACACUUUAAUGAAUUAGAUCAUCAGCUAAGCAAUAGACUGAAUAGUGGAUACAAAGCGGCUACAAAAUAUAUGAACUCAUUUACGUCACCAACACUUGAAGUGUUGGCCCGAUUUUUCCUAUUUAUUGCCGGAACUAUGCUUUCGGUUAUUAUUAUAUUAACAGUUUUCGAUGAGGACGUCGUUACUGUUGAACAUAUUAUAACUUUAGCCACAUUUUUAGGUGCCGUUAUAGCCAUUUCACGUACUUUCGUCUCAUCUGAAAUACCUUCACGUUAUACUCAAGCAGAGCUUAACGCCAAAGUUCUGGAGCACAUCCACUACAAACCUCAUGGUUACGCCCCGUACACGAGUCAGGCCAGGAAUGCUAUGUCUUGUGUUUUUCAGUAUCGAAUUAUUAGUGUUUUAGAACAACUCAUCAGUCCAUUGGCCACUCCUUAUAUUUUGAUGAGACAUCUGAGACCUCGAGCACUUGAAAUUGUUGACUUUUUUCACAAUUACACGGUUGACAUAACAGGAACGGGAGAUGUUUGUACGUUUGCAAUGAUGAAUAUAAGAGAAAAUGGAAACCCAUUGUGGAAACCAAAUAUUUCUUGUGAACAAAAAGGUGUUGGUCUUAAAAUUGAUGAAAAUAUGACUGACAUCUCACCUCUAUCUCCCAGAGCUACAGAAAAUGGAAAAUUAGAAUUAAGUUUAAUUCAUUUUAAGCUAACAAAUCCUAAUUGGAGACCAAUUAAUGAUUCACAAAAGAAAUUUAUUGAUAAUAUUAAAUCAAAUUGUGGUCCCAAUGAAAGUCAAAUAAUGACCAGAAGUGGUCUCAAUUCUAGUCUAAGAAUUAAUACGACGAGUGAUGCCACUCCUCCGCCGUCUAAUUCCAGUUCAUCUAAUAAUGAACCGGACAUUGAAAGCAAUGCCUAUAGAAAUGAAAGGGAAAGACUGUUGAAUGCAAUGUCUAACAGUCUUACAGAACAGGAGGAGAGAGCCGCUGCUAUGUCUUUAAGCACAUUAUUUCUGCAUCAAUACGCGUCCAAUAGUAUUACCCGAUCGCAACCACAAGAGUCUUCUGAGUCACAUCCACUACUACAUCCAGUUAGCAAUGAUUAGUGAUUUGUCACAUAAAUUAUUUAAUAUUAAUAACUAAUUAAUAGGUCUAUUGUAAAAUUAUAUUAUCACAGUUUA